UUCGAGGCAAGUUCUUUAAUUAUAAAUUUUUCAUCAUGCCACCAAAAGCUAUUGGAAAAAACAUGCAGAAAUCUGGAAAAGCCCAGAAAAACAUCGUCAAAGGUGACAAGAAAGGAAGAAAGAAGGCAAGGAAGCAGACUUACGCGAUCUACAUCCACAAAGUGUUGAAACAGGUUCACCCUGACACUGGUAUGUCUAUGAAAGCAAUGAGCAUCAUGAACAGCUUCGUCAACGACAUCUUUGAACGCAUUGCUGCGGAAGCUUCAAGACUUGCGCACUAUAACAAGCGCUCCACCAUCACUUCCCGGGAAAUUCAAACUGCUGUUCGUCUCCUGUUGCCCGGUGAAUUGGCCAAGCAUGCUGUCAGUGAGGGAACCAAGGCUGUCACUAAGUACACCAGCUCUAAGUAAAUUUCAUAAUUAUGAAAAAAAUUUAAUAAAAAAAUUCCAAA